CAGGCUGGACGAACGGAGCCGAUUCCUUAUUCCUCGGUUGGAAAUCAAUUCAUUGGCCUAAAGUCGUGCAAAAAAUCUACGUGCCUAGUCCUACGAGCAGUGUGUGAUUCUUGGCGUUUUCUCAACUCGCGGUCAUCGCGAUCUUUUGUGAUAACCAGCAGACGUAGGCGGAAGGGACGACGCUCGUAGAAAGGAUCAAAACGCAGGAGUUAGACCAUGUUUCGUCUUGCGAUUACGUCACGAGCCUGUCUGCAGCUCGUAAGAAGCGGUUCCGCACCACGGAUCGGCCACGAGAUCAGCAAGCGAACCGCACACACGGAACAAUUGACCAGAUUUUUGUCCACUUCGCAACCCAAACUACAAAGUGAAGAGGUGGAAAUCACAUUUAUUCGAGCCAAUGGUGAGCGAAUCAAGACCAAAGGCAAAGUUGGCGAUUCGUUGUUGGACGUCGUGGUGAACAACAAUAUCGAUUUCGACGGAUUCGGCGCUUGCGAGGGUACUCUCACGUGUUCCACCUGCCAUCUGAUUUUCUCCAAACCAGACUACGAUCGCCUUCCCGAAAAACCGAGCGACGAAGAACUGGAUAUGCUGGAUCUGGCAUACGAGCUGACAGAAACCUCACGACUUGGUUGCCAGAUUACGCUCUCCAAGGAUCUGCAGGGAUUGGAAGUGCGUGUACCGGCAACGAUUAAUGAUGCUCGAAGCUAGAUGAUAGCUUAGUGUCCCAUCGUAACUUGUUACGGCUACACAGAUUACGCUUUCCUGUUCCACACAUUCUUUCUAGUAUAUUCAAAGCGGUAGCCAAUGCAUCGUUACUAUUAAUUCUUCAUUUGAAAAUGCGUUCCUUUUUAAUCUAAAUAAACUGAGAACAGAUCCGA